AUGGGCAAUUCCAUCUCUUACACCACUUCAGAAUGUCACGUCAACCUGUUACACAACUCUGGGUCUCUCAAAGGUCUUCAGUUCGAUUCCAAGUCCCGUCGCUUCGCAGGCGUUCCAUACGCUCAACCACCCAUUGGAAAUCUACGAUGGCGAAAACCUCAGCCUUUUCCAAAAACACAUCAAUACGAAUCUUCAGAUGGUUCACCUUUUGAUGCGACGCAUUUUGGACCUGUUUGUCCGCAGGCGAAUUACUCCAAGAACGUUAGCGAGCAUAUCCCCAAACAUGCAUACAGCGAGGACUGUCUAAGGUUAAAUAUCUGGACUCCUGUGCCUGAUCCGAACGAGCCGAAUAAGAAAUGGCCUGUUAUGGUCUGGUUCCAUGGUGGUUGGUUCCAGGUUGGAGAUCCGAGUCAGGAAGAGAGUAUGGAUCCUACCGAGCUCAUCUCAACCGGCGGUUUACAAGCUCUGUUUGUAGCUGUUGGUUACAGACUCAACGUCUUUGGCUUUCUCGCUGGUCGGUCUCUUCUUGAAGAGUCAGAUGGUGAGUCUGUAGGAAACUAUGGUCUUUGGGAUCAGCGUCUCGCUAUGGAUUGGGUGUACGACAACAUUGCUGCCUUUGGAGGCGAUCCUGAAAACAUCAUCCUGGCGGGACGAAGUGCAGGAGCUUAUUCAGUUCUUGCGCAAGCACUCUAUGACUUCCGAGGCAAAGAGUCGCAUGGUCGUUUUACAAGAAUGAUCAUGUACUCCAAUGCCAUUCCGACACAACCCAAGACUGUUCAAGACUGCGAGGAGCAGUUCGAUGAGCUCUGCGAAUACUUCGGUAUACCUACAGAUCUAAAUGGGGCGGGGAGACUACAAAAUCUGCGAAGCAUCAGUGCUGAUGAUCUCUCUGCUGGUCUCAUGGAGUUGAAGAAACAUACCUUCCGUCCCGUCACCGAUGACCUGUUCAUUCACUCAGGCAUCUUCGAUUACUAUCGCGAUGGUUCCUUCGCCCGCGAGUUCAAGAAACGUGGACUCAAGCUGUUCAUUGGCGAGGUUCGCGAUGAAGACACCCUUUACGCCGUUACCAAUCCCCCUGAUCCCAACAUAUCGUCGUUGCAGAUGCAAAUAUCCAAUUACUACCCUCCUCAUGUCACCGACCGUCUUCUUAAGCACUAUUCCCUUCCUCAGACAAAAGACAACAAAGCUUGGCAGCAGAUCUUUGGACGUAUCAUUGCCGACGGCCAAGUCAGAGCUCCAUCGCGAUAUCUCGUGGACAAUCUGGUGCGCAAUGGCGUUGACAUCAACAAUGUCUGGAGAUAUCUCAUCGCAUACCGCUUGUCGUUCAUAACGAAUGAAGUUGCUCCAGCUUCGUUUGGUGUGAGCCAUGCUAUGGAUAGGCCUAUAUGGAACUACUCCAUCACCCAUGGUCCAACGCCCGCGGAGAGAGACCUUAUGGAUACAUGGAUUAGAGACCUAAGGGCUUUCGUUAAUGAUGAAGAAGGUUAUAUGGGACAAUUGGCAUUGAACGAGAUGGACGAUGGGAGGAGCUUCUGCAGGUCAUGGAUAUUUUCAACGCAUGAGGUGCUGCCUAGCAGAAAUCUCGGUCACAUCGUCCGGGAACUCGCAACCGACUUCAAAGCUAUGAGUCAAUCUGAUGAGGACAUCUAUCCCCCAUGGGGGUCUUUGCCUAUUGAGCAGUAUCUUCUUAGGAAAUGGGAUUCAACUUCAACCCUAUCUGUAUGUCAGCAGCGAGAUCACUUGGUUCAAGGCUUUCUCCACGAGGAUGACAUCUCGGCUUUUGUAUCUUCAACUCUUGAUGUGACCUCAAAUGACAUACAAGAAUUGAUUCAAACAGUCAUUGUUCCGUGGCGUGCACAAAAGCUUCGUCGCAUGGCAGAGAAUUACCUUCCUGGUAAUUCUCUAUACGGGAAGUUAGUCGCCUUGCGCACAUAUUACGGCGGAGACAGUGACGACACAAGGUUUCGUCGAUGGAUUUACGACGCAUCAGCUGCUUUUGAGGAAGAUAAUCCCCUUGGCGAUCUAUUCGGAGAUGCCAAUGAUCAUUGGUGGCGCAUCCUUGACGACGUUUCACUCUUCGAUACUAGUGAUCAGGUCUGGGAGAGCAUAUAUAAAGUAUUUCCAGAACUCGCUUCAGCAGAACUUCGCCGUACCUUUACCGCUGAAGAUGUAGCAGAGGUCAAGGAAGAAGUAUCAGCCGUUGUCACCUCACGAGAUCCUGAAGAGGACGACUAUGAGGACGCUAUAGCCCAUAUUGCAGUGUCAGGCUGCUGGUUACUGGUGUUUGAUCGAGAGUCAUUUGAAGAUGAAGAAAUGCUUCUCGUGUUUCGUGACAAGAAGGGCAAUGUUGUCAGACAAUCAUCCAUCAAACCAGAUGAUUUGGAACAUAUUCCUCACUAUAUCAUGCGUGGAUCUAUCACUGAAUCGGGAUUCUGGCGUGAUGCGGAAGUUGGGGAGAAGUUUGAGACGAGAGGGAGGAUUAUGCGAGAGAUUUUACCAAGGGUGAUGGCUGAAGCUGAGUAG